AUGGCCUCACUCGCCAAACCCGCGAUCGUCCUGGUCCAAGGGUCCUGCCAGCUGCCAGAUGUGUACCAGAAGCUAGCCGACGCUCUCAGGGCCUCUGGAUAUUGCGUUGUUCAGCCAGCCUUGCCAAGUCUCAUCGAGCCAGGCAAAACGGAUUUAACGGAUGACGCCCGUGCCGUUCGAUCUAAGGUCAAAGGCCUUGUGGAGGAGGGGAUGAAGGUCAUUGUCGUUAUGCACUCGUAUGGUGGUCUGGUAGGCACCGAAGCUGUUACCAAAGACUUGUCCUACAACCAACGACAGUCCAGUGGCCUUGCUGGGGGUGUCGUGCAUAUAUUCUACUUCGCCGCCUUCAUCUUGACCGAGGGCCAGUCGGUGCUAGGCACAUUUGGCGAAUCUCCCAAUGACGACAUCAGGCCAGGUGGUCGUUUUAUCAUAAAGAACACGGCCCAGUUGUUGUACCACGAUCUCCCUCCCGCCGAGGCAGAAUACUGGGCAUCGAAAACCAGCGAACAAUCCCACGCGGUGCAGUCGACCAAAAUCAGCAACGAGGCAUUUCGCUACGUCCCAUCUACGUAUGUUGUCUGCGAGAACGACCGUGGUCCUCCUCCGCAAUUCCAGGAAAUGUUUGGCAAGACUGCAGGCUCGAACGUACUCAGACUCAGCUCUGGACACUCGCCUAUGCUCAGUCAUACGGCGGAGCUAGCGCAAAUGAUAGAUCAGGCCGCGCGGUCCGCUGUAUAG